AUGAUCAUGUUCAGUUUUUCAACACCCACAAGUAUCUACAUGUUCCAAAAGUGGUCUUUGAAUACAUAUUUGGAAGCGCGUCGUCAACUGUCACUAUAGAGUAAGUACCAUUUAGUAUAUCUUAUGAAAUAACUGGUUAACGACAUAUUUGAAUUGAACGGUAAUUCAAUGUAAAAAUUGUUUUACAUGCUUUUGUCUGUUCAAUUUAUCGAACCCGUUCGGUUAUACCACGCGGUUUGUAAGUUAUACCUUACCAAAUAACUUUAGAUUUUGUAGUGAUUCUCGUAGUGAUUCGUAGUG